AUGUCACAAAAAAUGGAAAACAACAGCAAUGUUAAUUUUACUGAUGAAUUCGGAAUUGGAUUGAACAACGACGAAGAUAUUUUUCCAACAGUCGUUGCAAAUCAAAAUAUGUGUGAUGAAAAUAAUUGGCAGCAAAAUUGCGACGAAGGUUCUUCUGUUUAUCAGGACCAAACCGAGUCCACUGUUACUAUGACAAACAACAACAAUUCAUUCGAUUCAUCGAUUAUAAAUGAUCAGUUGCCCAAUAACAAUGUUAUCAUUUACGAUGUGAGAUCAAAUGAUUCGUCAUCUGUUCACGAUUUUAGUGUACCAGAUAUUGAUGAGAAUUUAAAUAUCGCCGGUAAUAGCAAUAGCGAUAGUAUCGGUAUUAAUUCUAAUCAACAAAUAGUGGCCAGUUGUGAACAAAAUGCAAGUAAUGCAAAUUACUUUACUUAUAUGGAUGCUACAACAGCCAAUACUGGUGACAGCGAUCAAUUUUACUUUCAAAAUAAUGCCAGAAACGGAAAUAUCAACAACUAUAAUAGAAACAAUACCAAUAAUAAUAGUUCGCGCAUUUCAGUCAAUUCAAUGAUCGUUAAUGGAAAUAUAAUUGACCCAGACCUCAUGACAACUGCUUACGAAUUCUCGGGAUCAACUUCUGCAGGAGUAUCUAAUGAUUUCAUUAUCAAUCGCGCGAAUUCCGAAUGUUCUGAUGACUCUACGCUGCUGGAUAUUUUCGAAAAUAGCAAUAAUUUGAAUCAAAAUAAUAGUAAUAUUCAAAAUAUUAUUAACGGAAAUAACACAAACGACUAUUGGUCCUCCGUAUUAGAACCCUCUACAGCAACAAAUUAUUUUGAUAGUCAUGAUGGAAAUAUGUUACGUUCUUUGCAAUAUUACGCGAAUACAGCAAUUCAGAAUCCAUUUCCUCAAUAUGCGUUUAAUCCGAUUUUAGGAUCUCAACAACAUCCAAUGCCAACACAACAUUCCAUCAAUCCCGAUCACAAUCCAAUUCCGUUUGCGCAUCUUUUCGACACGACUCAUGCAAAUAUUCAUCACAACAAUUUCAUUAAAUUGAAAAAGAAACGAACUCGCAAGCAUCAUGAUAUAGUUGAUGUUACUGUCCAAGGAGCUGGAUCGUCACCGUCUCAAAUCACGUCACCCAUUAUCAGUGGUCUACGUCACGAUGAAAUUCCGCAAUGUUCAAAUUGUGGUGUAAGAGAAACACCUGCUUGGAGACGUGAUCUGCAAGGAGUUGCAUUAUUGUGUAAUGCUUGUGGUUUAUACCUAAAAAAUAAGGGAGUUCAACGUCCUACGGAAAUUGCACCGGAUGGUACAAUAAGAUUAAUGCGUGGACAACGAAGGGAUAGUGAUGUCACAUGCCAAAAUUGUGGUGCUCGUAAUACUCCGUGCUGGAGAACUCCAAAUGGACAAUCACUUUGCGGAAAACCACGGAAAUCUCCUAUUCAGACUUUUGCUCCUUAUUGA